AUGCCUGACUCAUUCCAUCCAAGUGAUGGCGUUCACGGCACACUCACCUACCAAGAGCUUCUGGAGAUGAUCAUUUUCAAUCUUCAGACUGCUGAUCCACCGCUCGUAUUCGAAGACGAGCGCGACUACCUUUUUUAUCUGAAGGACCCAAAUUUCUACCACAAGUUUACUUGGCUCGAAUGGCCUGAUAACUAUGUUGAUAUGCGGGGACACACAGGCGGUUCACUGGGCAACCUCUUUGCUCUUUGCUCCGAUCCCGAGCCCCCUGAGGACUUGUUCAGAUACCAUCUGAUACCGAGCAUCUACACACCUUCAAUCCACUGGUUUGAAGAGAAUUCCAUGGUUGCAAAUCUCUACAAGAUCGCGAAGCAAUUCAAUGAAACACAACGCUGCCCAGAUGAUAUGGUUCCAUGCCCCGAAGGGCCCGAACCCAUCGAAACCGGCCUUGUGCCGGAAUCUGACGCCACCCUUGAGAACUAUCUAUCGGAUCUCAGGCUGGAUGAUCACUUGGAAGUAAAGCAUUUGAAAGCCAAGAGUUUGAAUGAACUUGAAAACUUGGCAACCCUGGUGUAUUCCGAUGAAGGACCAAUUACGGCAGGCCUUGAAUAUCUGGAUUUCAUCAGAAACGGCCCAGCUAACAAUAUUGGUACCUACGAGUACAUUGAUAUUACUGUGGACCGCACUGCUGAGGGUGUCGAGCAGCCAGAGAAGUGCUCUGUCAAUCCGCCUUCUUUUAUUCCCGACAAUGGGUAUGAAGAGCUUGACCCGGAAGUGAACAUCAGAACACAGAGACAAGGUACUCCCGAAUACUUGAACCAGUGGAAAAAAUACAACGAAUCUCCUGUGGCCUGGCAUGUCACCAUGCAAGACCGAAUCAUUUAUCCCAAGAUUCCCAAUCUUGUGAAUUCUCCCCGUCCUGUGUUUGACCCAGAGGAAACAAUGCCAUUUCCCGCAAUCAUUCGCAAUCCCAUGCGAUGCUACCAAAAAGUCUUCUCUCCGAACUGGAAUUAUCGAAUUCCCGAAAAGUUCGAAGGACAUGAAAGAGAAUGGCUAUUUCAUCGCUAUCUAUCUCGUCUUCCGGAAACAGCGAAACCGCAGGACAUUCACCAUCUUGCGUUCUACGACGGAACUGCCAGUGCCGAUGGUGGCCAUGGAUUCAUGAUCCAGGGGAUCCAGCACCUCGAAGCACCACGGGAUAUGUCUGAUGACGAGACUCGCCUUCGCUGGCACGAGACAGCAGCUGGUCAUGCUACCAACAUGAGCAUGAUGAAGAAGCUCUGGUCUAUCCAGCGAGAUGUGGACAGGUACGACCGAAUUAUCGAUGAGUUCGCGGAAACCUGGAAGAGUCUCUAG